AAAGAGAUAAUGGCCUGAGCAAAGGGCAGAAUGUCCAUCAGGGAAAAAAGGAAGAAAGGAUAAAUAAGGUCCAAACUUGGAGACCUUAAGGAUCUGGCUUGGCACGGUUGCCAGAGAUGAAAAUGACAGUGGGUUACGUAUUGUCGGUGUUUGUAAGGGAGCUCCCUGGUUAUGUUCUCUUUGCUGGGAUCUUUAUGCCUGUGACUUUACUCCUGCUGCUGCUAAUUGUCUACUUCAGGAUCAAACUAAGAGAAGUUGAGGAGGAAAUGGUCAUGGCACAAGACUCCAGGAAUGCCUUCCUGAAUCACCGUGGCCAGUGGAAGAAACCCAGGAGAGCCGGACAAAAGGAGAACAGAUACAAGAAUUCAAGGACAUUUAAAGGAGCUUCACGUCUCAGGAAGCAAGCUUAAACCCAGUACUCAGCGCUGCAGGUUUAACAAUAAAUGCCACUGUAAAUAAAUACCACACAGGAAAACAAAACUGGAGAGGAGAAGCCAGUGUUCUGCUGUCCUAAUGAAACAGCUGGUGCCACAUCCAAGAGUUCUUGCAAGCGCUGAGCAGCCCUUUGUGCAGAGACCAGAGGCCUCCUGCAAUGAACUGUGCUGGUUCCCCUACGUGACUCAGGAUUUGGGGGGAGGGACAGCGCCCUACUCACCAGCCCCUCCCUGACUUUCUAAGGAGAAAGUGACAUAAGGGGCUCCUGAGAGAGCUGAGCUGGCACAUACAAGGCAGGCAGCCUUGAGAUGCUAAAUAACAAGUUGGUAUCGAGCACUGACAUCUGGGAAAUUGAAAAGGGUUUUGAAGGGGAACUGACAUUUAUUAACUUGUACACUUUGGGAAAGAGUGUGGGUUUUGUAAAGUAUCCUUUCCACAGAAUUUGGAAGCAAAAUACAACAGUAGCAGGAAACAAAAGGAUUUCUCUCUACUGACUGAAAAUGCCAAAUUUUGAAAUCAUGGAAAGAUUUAGUCAGUAUUCUGCAAAACAGCUGUUAUUCUCCUUUAAGGACAAAUGGAUGACUUUUUCAAAUAAAAUACUGCAUAAGCAUGGAGUUAUCUUUUUGGCAGGUCAGUUGACAUACUUUAAAAAAAAAAUCUUCCUCCCUGCUCCCCUGUAGCUGUACAGUUUUUAGUGCAUCUCAGACUGCCUGUGGCAGACAGCCCACAAAAAUGCAACUCAAAUUGUUUGCAAGUACUACUGGCUUUUAACUUCUCUAAUCUAGAUUCCGACUCUCAAGUUUAAACCCAAACUGGCAAGGAAUAAGAAGUGACUAUCAUUACUGUCCUGAGUGUUUACUCUCCCUGUCUGCAAUUACCUUUCAUUAAAGCUGUUUGUCAUUGCCCAUCCUGCAAGAGUGGUAAUGCCUUGUCUGAGACUAUGUGUGGUUUGCAGAGUUUCAGUUCUCACAGACUUUUAGGAACUCAUUGGAAUCAUUUUAUAGAAAUACUGAUGAGGCCAUGACCACAGGUUUAAAAAACCACUAUAAUUUAUCAGUCUGUAGAGAAAAAAAGAAUUUAAAUAGCAAGUACCCUUACACUCUCUCCCAUUUUAAUAUUACCCAAAUUUAAAAAGACAUAAUUCAUCACACUGGUUUGUAUCUGUGCAAAUAACAUGGAAUACAUUGCACAGGUAAAGAGGCAAUUGUUUCAAAUUGCAAACAAUCUUUUGCAGGGAAGUUGAGACAGCUGCUGCAAAGAAUUACGUUCUACAUUUAGGAAGGAUGCUGUCUUCUUAAAGCAGUGAUCUGGGAUAUUGAUCAGAUGUUAAAGGAAUUCUAACAUACAGAAUCCCAAAUACUCACUCUCUCAUUGCCCAAGGAAAGACUGGCCAGGACCACAUGAAAAAAUACAGAAUGCAAAUUGAUUUUGUUAACGUUACAGUGCAUCUGAGAAUGAGGAAAUUUGAAAUGCCAAGAAGUGGUAACACUCUUAAACAGCACUUCAUUGUAAAAUGGUGGUACGGAUACCAAAAAUAAUGCUACAUACGUACACUGUGUGGCUUUGACAGAACUGCCUAUUGAGCUGUAACUGCUUCCAUGUAGGAGGAUCUGACAUUCACGACUUAGUAACAUGCAUUGAAAAUUCCAGGCCUUGUUGUUUUCUGUUCCGUUACUGAACAGUGUCAAGAAAUAUGCUUUCAUGCUACCAGCAUGAAACUCACCAUCGUAUCCCAUGUAAUUCCUUCAAAAAGGGAAAAUAUAUUUUAAAUAACACCAUAGAAAGACACCUUUAUCUAGAUAAAUUAUACAAGCAUUAUAUAAAUAUAAAUGAAGAGAGUAACUGCAAGGAAAUAACUUAUCUUCAAUUAUUGUGUCACUGAAGAGUCCUCUCCCUUCCUGUCUCUAGCAAUAAUGUGAAGUUAGUAUUCCACUGCACCUACAACCAGUAAGCACACUUAAAACCUUCCUGCCUGUGACUGCUUCCCAUAACAAAAUUUAAAGUCUCAACAUUUAAGCUGGAAAGGUACCGAGAUAGUAAAGUAAUAAAGGAUUGUGAAACCACUUUUGGCUGCGGAAUGACUGAAGAGAGUGAUUAAUAGGUGUUUAUUCCAGUGUCUGCAGUGAUGCUGUCCAAGGAUGCUAGAACAGGGGCAGAUUCAAAGGAUACAAAAGUGCUUUUGGUUCUUUUUUUCCCUGAGACACACCGAAGAGUUAAAAUGCCUGCCAGAGGAAAUUUUUAAAAAGCAGCCAAAAAUCCAGAGGCAAAAAAAUACUGAUAAAAACCAGUAAGUCUUUGAAAAUCACUCAAGACUGGAAGAAUAUUUGGGUAAGUACUACUUUCUAAUAUAGUAAUCAUAGUUACACACACCCCAAGGCAAAGACCAGUAGCCUCAGAGACAGAUCUGGGAGAGUUAAGUCACUUAGCUGUCCCCAGCAGAGACAUUCAUAUAGACUUACCUCCAAGAACUCUGGUAGGAUUUGCCUCAAACCAAACAAUAUUUUAACACAACAGGAAUUAUCACAGCAUUUCUAAUGCUUGUAAUUUGUAUUAAUAUUACUACCCUAGUUUUUUUUCAAGUGCAGUAUGAAAGCCCCAAAAUGCUGAGCAGCAUGAAAAUCAGAAGUUUCAAACCUUCCAGAGGUGUAGUUAGUAUUUUUUUCCAUCUGUUUGAUUUCUUCUGUGGCCCAAAUAAAAGUUGCUAUUCAGCUUGACUGUCAAACAGAAGAAUACAUCAAGAAUCACUUUGUACUAUAGUUGCUCAUUGCUUUGAGCAAUAAAUCUUUUGUUUAAAGUUUUUCAUUGGAGUUGCAUGCUUGCUCUUCACAAAAGCUUUAUCUACAAAAUCAUCUGUGAACAAGUCCAACAUUUAUUAUGAACCCUGAGGUUAUCAUUAUUAAAAAUGAAGAUGUAUUAAGUGUUUUUUUGUAAGACUCACAUGACUCACUUCUCUAAGUAUUUGAGCAGAAUUAAUUACUGUAAUUGUAUUUCAAAUUGCCCAUGUAUUAUAAAGCUGGCUUGUGAAGUGCCUUGAGAACAAUUUCUUUUUCGCAUGUUGUAGUUUUUGCUGUAGAUAUAUUAUAUAUAAAAGGGUAACAAUGAGACUUCAGAAUUGCACAGUAUUCAAGAAUAUUUAAAUAAAUGCAUAAAAUCUGAAUCCAAAAACCUUGACUAUUUU